UGGUUCUCUCUCUGUGUUCCAGGGUUGUUUCCUGCCAUCUUUAAUCUUGCCAGUAAUGCAGAGAUCAGCAGCAAUGCUACGUGUGGAGAUCCAGAACCAGAGGUCUACUGUAAGCUUGUUGAUCACGUUCCUGGACGAAGAAUCAAGAACCCACACUGCCCCAAAUGUGACGCCAACUCCGUCCUGUCUAAAGAACGUCAUCCAAUCACCAACGCCAUCGAUGGAACCAAUAGGUGGUGGCAGAGUCCGAGCAUCAAGAAUGGCCGUCAGUUUAACUGGAUAACCAUCACCCUGGACCUGAAGCAGGUCUUCCAGGUCGCCUACAUCAUCAUCAAAGCAGCUAACUCUCCACGACCAGGUAACUGGAUCCUGGAGCGCUCCCUGGAUGGUGUGACCUUUGACCCCUGGCAGUACUAUGCCAUCAGUGACUCGGAGUGUUUGUCUCAUUAUAAUGUGACACCAAGACUUGGACCACCCACCUACAGGAGCGACACUGAGGUCAUCUGUACGUCCUACUACUCCAGACUGAACCCCUUGGAAAAUGGAGAGAUCCACACCUCUCUGAUUAACGGGCGUCCCGGAGCAGAGGAUUUGACCCCUGACCUCCUGAACUUUACAUCAGCUCGUUAUAUCAGACUGAGACUUCAGCGAAUCAGAACGCUCUACGCUGACCUGAUGACGUUAAGCAUCUAUGACCCACGGGACAUCGACCCGAUCGUGACUCGGAGGUAUUAUUACUCCAUCAAGGACAUCUCUGUGGGGGGGAUGUGCAUCUGCUACGGACACGCCCAGAGCUGCCCGCUGGACCUGGUUACCAAGAAACUGAAGUGUGUGUGUGAACACAACACCUGUGGGGAGAGCUGUAACAAGUGUUGCCCUGGUUACCAUCAGCUGCCAUGGCAACCAGGAACUCACUCUGAAGGAAACACCUGUGAAAAGUGUAACUGUCACAACAAGGCCAGUGACUGUUUCUACAAUCAGACGGUUUCGGACCUCAGUCUCAGUCUGGACAUCCAUGGCGUUCGUCGGGGGGGCGGGGUCUGCAUCGACUGUCAACAAAACACAACGGGACUCAACUGCCAGACCUGCAAAGACGGAUACUACAGACCUGCUGAGGUGUCUCCGUACUCUGACUUCCCCUGCCUGGAGUGUAACUGUGACCUGAGAGGAUCCGAAUCACCGGUUUGCAGCAGAGACGACGCAGAAGCAGGUGCGUCUGCAGGUCAGUGUCCGUGUAAGGAGGGCUUCUCGGGUCAGCGGUGUGAUCGCUGUGCGUUUGGAUUCAGAGACUUCCCGCGGUGCGUUCGCUGUGAGUGCAACCUGGCAGGAAGCACCAACAGCGACCCCUGCAGCCCCUGCACCUGCAAGGUCAAUGUGAUGGGAGUCCACUGUGACACCUGUAAACCGGGCUUCUAUAACCUGCAGCAGGAGAACCCGCUGGGCUGCACCCACUGCUUCUGUUUUGGUGUCUCUGAUGUCUGUGAGAGCUCUGCUUGGUCCGUCACUCAGGUGUUUUUCCCAGAUGCUGUCCUCCAACCAUCCGGGUCGCUCCAAGCCUCUCUGGUCAUCAGUGGGAAUGACCUCAGCAUUCCCAGGAAUGCCUCCUCUGGCGGCGCACACAGACACAUGCUCUGGUGGGCGGCCCCCAGCCGUUUCCUUGGCAACAAGCUGGUGUCCUAUGGAGGACAGUUCACCUGCUCUGUGGUUUAUGACGUCCCCCUGGACAAUGAGGACCAGACUCUGCCUGUCCUUGCUGAUGUCAUCAUGGAGGGUAACGGCCAAACUCUCCGUCUCUCGCCCCCUCUGCUGCUCUUCCUCUCUCCCUUGGCUGAGCAGUCUGUCAGUGUGGAGAUGCUUCCACGGCAGUUUGUGGACGAUCAAAGCGGUGGUCCCAUAACUCGAGAUGACCUGAUGCUGGUUCUGGCUGAUCUGACCUCGCUAUUGGUCCGAGUCCACCUGAACGCUUCUGCUGGAGGACAGAUACGGCUCAGCUCAGUGUCCCUGGAUGGAGCGGACUCUGGCUCCGGUUCUGGUCUUCAGGCAGCCGCCGUGGAGAUGUGCGAAUGUCCGUCGGGUUACAGUGGAACUUCCUGCGAGGCCUGCCUACCGGGAUUCUUCAGAGUAGGCGGGGUUCUGUUCGGAGGCAACUGUAUGCAGUGUGAAUGCAAUUCCCACUCCACUCAGUGUGACAUCAGUGGGGUCUGUGAGGGCUGCACAAACAACACCGCCGGUCCUCACUGUGAUCAGUGCCUUCCUGGUUUCUACGGCGACCCAACAAAGGAGGAGUGUCGGAGGUGUCCGUGUCCUUUGAUGGAGCCGUCCAACAGUUUCAGUCCCACCUGUGUACUGGAUGCGUCCGGUGAGGUGUCAUGUGACCAGUGCCAGCAUGGAUACACCGGGUCAAACUGUGAGAGGUGUGCCAGUGGUUUCUAUGGUAACCCCCAGGUAGUGGGCGGGGCUUGUGUGAGCUGCGAGUGUAACGGCAAUGCUAACUUCAGUGAGGACGGAUACUGUGAUUCUGUGACGGGGGAAUGUCUGCAGUGCCUCGGCAACACGGCAGGAAAACACUGCGAGCUGUGUCGUCCGGGUUACUAUGGCGACGCUGUCCUCGCCAAAGAUUGCAAAGACUGCGGCUGUGAUGUAAACGGCUCCCUCUCUGGUGUAUGUGACAUCACAACAGGCCAGUGUCUGUGCAGAGAGAACGUGACAGGACGCACCUGUGACCGUUGCAAGUCGGGGUUCUUCGGGCUUCAAAGUGGGCGGGGCUGUCAGCCCUGCGGCUGCAGCCAAUCAGGAUCUGAGUCUGAGUCAUGUGACGAGGACGGCCAGUGCCACUGCAAAAAGGGCGUAGCUGGGGUCAAGUGCGAUUGCUGUGGCCAUGGUUACUAUGGCUACCGCGGCACCAACUGCACAGAAUGCAUCUGUGAGCGCACUAGGGGAAACUGCGACCCUGACAGCGGAGAGUGUGUCUGCCCCCCCAACACAGAGGGAGACACCUGCGACAGGUGUAAGAAGGGAUUCUGGGGCAUUGACCACGUCACAGGAUGCAAGCCCUGCAGCUGCAGCCCAGCAGGAAGCUCCGCCCCCCAGUGUGACCUGCUGACUGGGCAGUGUCCCUGCAGGGACGGAUUCUCUGGCAGGUCAUGUGAUCGAUGCGCAUUUGGUCACUACGGUUACCCAUCAUGCUCAGCGUGCAGCUGUGAUUUGGCAGGAACCCAUGAGACGUUCUGCAACAGAACGCUCGGCGUAUGUGAAUGUGGACGGACCGGAGAGUGUGGGUGCAAGCCUGGCGUGUCGGGUCGGCGCUGUGAGGAGUGCGUUUCUGGUUGGUUCGCUCUAUCAGACCAGAAUCCAAACGGAUGUUCAGAGUGUUUCUGUUCUGGACUGAGCCGAGACUGUGAGGAGCAGGGAGGCCUGCGCCGAGUGUCUGUCAGUAUGGGUCAGUCUACAGACGUCCUGUCGUUGGUCAGUCUGUCCAGCCUGCAGUCUGUAGCAGCUGGGGUGUUCCAACAUGGCGGCGAAAUGCUGUUUGAUGCCCGGCAGUUAAACAGCAGUGGACUCGCUGGCCCCCUCUACUGGAGGCUGCCCCCCCAUGUUGAAGGAAACCAGCUGAUGUCAUAUGGCGGCCUGCUGUCUUACAUCAUCACUUUCUAUGCUGAGGAUGGCUCAGGACUGUCCAAUCAGGAGCCUCAGAUACUCAUGAGGGGCGGGACCCUAAGGAAGCACGUCAUCUACACUGACAUGGUUGCUCCUAGCAACGGCAUUGCGACACAGCAUGACAUCAGGCUGAUGGAGCACGAGUGGAAAUAUUUCAACUCGGUGUCUCAGAGGUCGGUGAGCCGUGCAGAUUUUAUGUCCGUCCUCAGUAACGUCCAGAACAUCCUGAUCAAGGCUUCGUACGGAACCGGGCUGCAGCAGAGCAGGAUUUCUAACAUCACCAUGGAGACGGCUGUGAAGGCGGAGUCAGGUGACUCCCGGGAAAAGGCCAGACUGAUCGAGUCCUGCCUCUGUCCGCCCGGAUACGCCGGACUGUCCUGUCAGGAGUGUGCGGUGGGUUUUUUCCGGCAGCCCCUGUCUGAGCUCCCUCCUCAGAGUCUGAAGACCAUGUUGGUGCGUCCCUGUGUUCCGUGUCGCUGCAACAACCAUAGUUCCAGUUGUGACCCAGAGACCGGAGACUGUCAGGACUGUCAGCAUCAUACCAGCGGGCCGCAAUGCAACGUCUGCGCUCCGGGUUACUAUGGAAACAUCAGCGGCUCUGCAAGCGACUGUUCCCUGUGUGCCUGCCCCCUACUGAGCAACAGUUUCAGUCCCAGCUGUGAAGCAGAGGGCGCCGAUUACCGCUGCACCGCCUGCCUGACCGGAUACGAAGGCAGACACUGUGAGAGGUGUUCAGCUGGUUACCAUGGAAACCCAUCCUCGCCAGGCGGGGCUUGCUCGCUCUGCGGCUGCAGCGGGUGGGGCUCCCUGCAUCGGGGGUGUGAUGAGGUCACCGGACAGUGUGAGUGUAAGCCAGGGGUCAGAGGUCAGUCAUGUGACCAGUGUGAGGAACGCCACGUCCUGCAGCAGGAAGAGUGCGUCCCUUGUGACGAUGGCUGCACCGGCGUUCUGCUGGACGACCUGGAAACACUCAGCAGCUACUUCCUGUCCGUCAACCUGAGCGCCGUCGCCAUGGCGCCUCACUGGCAGCUGGUGCCGCUGGAGAAUCAGAGCAAAGUGCUGAAGGCCCGGAUCUCCUCAGACAGAGCCGUAGCUUCACACCUGUCUGCUUUGGACCAGGAGGUGAAGCACCUGACCUCUGACCUCAGCGCAGCGCAGCAGCAGGUGACGCGUCUGUCUGACAGCCUGAUGGAUCUUCACAUCUCCACCAACCAGAGCUGCACCCACAGCCAGCUGCUGCUGGGGAGGGUCAGCAGCCUUCAAGACAGCAUUCAGGAGCUGCAGAAGGAGGCGGAGCAUCUGAACCAGACCAAUGAGGAGGAGUUCUAUGUGAGCAGAAGGACCCAUCUACUGCAGGAGCUGGAGUCCAUGAUGGAGACCAUCAGAGGUUUAAACCUCACAGCAGCAACGUCAUCAGCCAAUCAGGAGCUCCGCUCCUCAGAGUCUCUGCUCACCUCGCUGCAGCUGGAUUUACUGUCCAGGUGGGCUGCAGGUGAGAACAAGUCCCGCCUCCUCAGAGACUCACUCUCUGUUGCCAUGACAACACUGAAGAAUGCAACCAUCCAGCUGAGUGAAGCUGAACGGAGAAACAAUGAAACACACAAACUUCUGGAAGCUGUAGGAGAUCUGCAGCGCCACCAUCAGGUGGGUCUUCAGAACCUGACUUCUGAGGUUCUGUCUGUGGACAGACUGCUGGAGGACAGUCAGGACCUGCUGGAGGACACCCUGAGUCUGGCUGCAGACUUCUCAAACCGCAGCGCAGUGGAGCUGUUGGCCAGCCAGCUGGAUCAGUGGCGCCCUCAGCUCAGGAAGCACGUGGAAGCCUUGGUGGUUGGCCUGAAAAUGACCGACGCUCUGGAGAACGUCAACCGCGCAGAACGCCACGCCUGCCAGCUGAAACGCCACGCCGACCUGCUGCAUAGAUCCAUGUUCAACGUGUCCCACAACGACACCCAGACGGCUCAUUCAGAAGAUGACAUCACUCAGCUAGUUGGCUCCGCCCACCAGGAAGCCUCGGCGGGCCUUAACUCUGCCUCGCUCGCUCUCAACAUGAGCGUCCAAUCAGGGCGGAGGCUGUCGGAAGAGGGCGGAGCCACGCUGAACAUCUCAUCCCAUGUUUUAGAAGAAAGUCGGCAGCUCAACAUUACAGCUGAAGACCUGCAGAUUAAUGUUUCCAUGGUAACCACCAGACUGCGAUUGGUCAGAGACGGUGUGCUUAACUCCAGUGCACUGCUCCGCCAGCCAAUCAGUGAGCUGCAGAGGCUUCCUAUUGGCUCAUCCAGGUCCACCAAGCAGGCGGAGGUUCAGGCUGGAGCAGCAAACUCCAGCCUGCAGGGGGCGAUGCAGAGGCUGCAGAGACUCAGGCAGCAGCUGGAGAAUUCUUCUUCUGUGGUGGAGAAGACCAACAUCACUGUGAGGGAGACCAACAGCCUAAUGAGUCGGGUUCAGACUGCAGCUAACGAGGUGCAGCGCCACCUAGAGGAGGCGGAGCAUCGCACACAGCAUCUGAUGGAAAGAGUAAAGCCCCUGAGCGUGCUGAGAGAAACCCUGAGCAGGAAUCUGUCGGACAUCAGGGAGCUGAUCGAUCAGGCCCGAAGACAGGCGGCAUCGAUCAAGGUGGCGGUGCAGGCAGACAGGGACUGUGUUCGGACCUACAAACCACCUAUUCAGUCCAGUAACUUCAACACUCUGAGUCUGAUCCUGAAGACGUCCCAUCAAAAUAACCUGCUCUUCUACCUGGGAAGCAACAUCACGAAGGACUUCCUGGCGGUAGAGAUGCAUCAUGGGAAGGUUUCGUUGCUGUGGGACCUGGGCUCUGGCACAGGACGGCUGCACUUCCCUCAAACAUUCAUCACAAACAACCGAUGGACCAAAAUCAACGUUACCAGGUUCGGAGCACGCGCCUCUCUCUCCGUCCAUCAGCUGGACUCUGAGUCGCCCCCUCUGCCGGCGGUGACGUCGCUUUCACCGGGAACAUCCCGGGUUUUGGACAUCGACAGAAACACGGUGAUCCACAUCGGAGGAAUGGGAGCCAACAGUCAGGCUCCUCCAGUGCUGCACACAUCUUCCUUCCAAGGAUGCCUGGGUGAGGCAUCGCUGAAUGAGGAGAACAUUGGUCUGUGGAGCUACUACCGCCGGGAGGGGAAGUGUGGAGGCUGCUUCAGCAGUCCCCAGGCAGAGGAGACGUCUUUCUACUUUGAUGGCUCUGGAUAUUCUGUGGUCCAGAAGUCUCUGAGAGCCACGUCCACCUCUGUGGUGCUGCUGUUUAAAACUUUGUCUCCAGGUGGACUGCUGCUGUACCUGGCCUCCAACAACACGAAGGACUUCCUGUCUCUAGAACUGGUUGAGGGGCAUGUCCGUCUGGCAUUUGACCUGGGCUCAGGUGCUCUUAUCAAGACCUCCAGCAGGAAGUACAACACAGGAAUUUGGUACAAGGUCACCCUGCAGAGGAACAAGCGCAAAGGUUACCUUUCCAUCAUGGCAGCCGGCCAGCCAUCGGUGAAGGAGGUGUUAGAGGCGGAGUCUCCAGGAACGGCCUCUGACCUCAACCGCUAUGACCUGGACCCGAUCUACAUAGGCGGAUUCCCUUCUUCCAGACCCAUCAGGCGACAGGUGUUAUCCCGGACGUAUGUUGGAUGUAUUAAAAACGUGGAGAUUGCUCGCUCCAACUUUGACUUGCUGAUGGACGCAUAUGGAGUCCGGAAGGGCUGCGUCCUAAAGGCGGUGCGGAGUGUCUCUCUGUUGUCUGGAGGCUUCGUUCAGAUCAGCCCUUCGUCACUCAGUAAGGAGGCAGAGAUCCUCUUCACCUUCUCCUCCAACAACCAAUCAGGAGUCCUCCUGGCAGCCUUCGGUGACGACCGACCUCACCGGCAGCACUUCCUGUCGCUGCACCUGGUCUCAGGUAAAGUGGUGGCGGAGCUUGGCGAACUGGGCGGAGCCGCGCGAAGGGUUUCGCUCACAAAGUCUGAUGGAGAAUCAUUCUGCAAUGGAAGAGAGCACUCAGUGAUUAUGACUUUGAACAGGAAGUCUAUGUCCCUGCAGGUGGACGAUGAACACCCGAAGUCUGUCUCUCUGCCGGGAGGAUUGUCUCGGCUGUCUUUGUCCUCCGUCUUCAUCGGUGGAAUCCCUCCUGAGAAGGAGCCCCGCCUGCCGGUCGGACUGCAAGCUCUGUCCCACCAGUUCAGAGGCUGUAUUCAACACCUGGUGAUGGGCGGAGCGCUUGUUGACCUAUCAGUCGCCAUCAGGUAUGAGGGGGUGGAGUUUAACAGCUGCCUGUUGGAGAAGAGCCCUUUGAGGUUGGUAGAUCCCGAAAACCCUGAUGUGGAACCAACACCUGCACCUGCAGACGCUCUUUUAGCCCCGCCCACACAUCUGAGCGCCCUCACUGCUGAAGCGCUAACGUGUGCGUCGGACCAGGAACCUUCCUUCCUGUCGUCAGCUGCUCAGUUUGGUUCAUCCAGGCACAGUCACAUGACCUUCAUUAUCAACCCCAGCACACUUAGAAAGAGCGUAUCGGUGAGGAUGUCGGUUCGAAGCCACGUUCUGGAUGGCCUGAUGCUGCUCCUCUCCGACUCCAAGCAGAUGGACUUUGUUGCCCUCAGUCUUAUAGGGGGGAAAGUCAGGCUGUCAGUCGACUUGGGGAAAGGCCCCUCCUCCGUCGAGUCGUCUGCCGCUGUCAGCGAUGGACUGUGGCACACGCUGAGCGCCGAGGUGAGCCAGAGGUCCGUCUCAGUGACGGUGGACACUUUACGUCCAGCGUCCGUCUCCAUCAAAGGGAACCACCUGGAUGUGGACAGGACACUUUUCCUCGGAGGUUUUCCUAAUGGUGUGAACAGCAGGAGGAUCGGGGUUAGCUCCAGUUUCUCAGGUUGCAUCCAGUCCGUCAGUCUGAACGGCGCCACACUGGAUUUGUCCAAGCCCAUCUCGCAGCUUGAUGUCACUUCCUGCUUCACCAAGGAUCAGAGAGGAAGUUACUUCAAUGGCAGCGGGCAUGCUGAACUGAUGCAUGAUGGGUAUAAGGUUGGUGCCGAUAUGUCGGUGUCUGUGGAGUUCCGGACCAGCCAAUCAGAAGGAGUCUUUUUGGGAAUCAGCAGUCCAAAAGUGGAUGCGGUCGGACUGGAGAUGAUUGACGGCCAGGUGGUCUUCAAUGUGAACAACGGCGCAGGUCGGGUGUCGGUGCGCUCCGCUGACCGGAUGCUGUGUGACGGACAGUGGCACCACCUGCAGGCCAGGAAGACCAAGCACGCCCUGACUCUGAUGGUAGAUGGGAGGAAAUACAGCACCCCCAACCCCUACCCACAAUCCACCUCUGCUGAGACCAACAACCCAGUGUACCUGGGGGGUUAUCCAGCUGGAGUCAAACAGAACUGCCUGACCGUCAGGACCAGGUUCAGGGGGUGUCUGAGGAACCUGCAGCUCACCAAGCCUCACCUGAGCAACCACCUGGAUCUCAGCACCGCCCACUUCCUGCUGGGCGUUACUCCCAAUUCAUGCCCCGCUGCAUAGCAACCGUCGCCAUGCAGAGGUUAGGACACGGAAGCCGGAGGAUCUUCUGGAGAUUACUGUUGAUUCUCAGAACCUAAAAAUCAUCUUUAGAGUGAUGUCAUCUGAGAUGUAAAUAAAUAAACCAGAGAAGAAGAA